CACAAAGCAGGACAGAGCUUUAAUAUCUUUCUGAAGGAGAGUUGGUGUAGAGAUCUGUGAGAGUGAACUCAGGAUGAAGAUCCUCCUCAUCUUCACCCUCUGUCUGAUCUCAGAUGGAGGAGCCGCAAAGGAAGUAACAGGAUAUUCAGGAAGAGGAAUCCUUAUCAAGUGCAAGUAUGAUACAGAAUACAGAUAUAACAAAAAAUAUUUCUGUAAGAGUUCAUUGUCAGUCUGUUCUGAGAAAAUAAAGACAGGAGCUAAAAACCAGUGGGUAAAUUCAGGAAGAUUCUCAUUGUUUGAUGACACCAGAUCAUCAGAGUUCUGGGUGAUGAUCAGAGAGCUCACUGUACAGGACACUGGGACGUACCACUGUGGAGUUGAUAGAACUUUAGAUACAGACAUUUACACACCGGUGGAACUGAAGGUAAAGCAAGGAUCAUUGGUCUCAGUGACUGCAUAUGCAGGUGGAGGAAUCAACAUCAAGUGCAGAUAUGAUGAUGAAUAUAAAAACCUAUCAAAAUCAUUCUGUAAGAUCGGAACACAUCAAAGGUGUUUUAAUCAAAAACAAACAAAACCGAACAGUGAAUGGUCACAUGAUGGCAGAUUCUCAAUUCAUGACAACAGAAGUGCAGGAUUCUUCAGUGUGUUUAUCACAGAGCUGAUUAUAGGGGACACUGGAAAAUACGCAUGUGGUGUUGUUGUGUUUGAUAAACCGGCGAUCUACACUGCAGUAAAGCUGAAUGUAACAGAAGAUCUGUCCCAUGAGAAGUUCAUCAGUAAGACUGUUAAUGUAGGAGAAGAUUUGACUGUCACCUGUAAUUACCCAAAAUUCCUCAGUAGUGACCCCAAGUUUCUCUGCAAGACGAGGUGGCAAGAUGCUUGUUAUUAUAAUACAACUGUUGAAGAAAAUGGAAAGUCUGUAAAUAAGGGGAAAAUAUCUCUGUAUGAUGACAGAGCAAAACAAAACUUCACUGUGAGUAUUAGAGAUGUAACUGAGCAGGACUCUGGUGAAUACUGGUGCGGAGCGGAAAAAGCCUGGGCAAGUGAUAACGGAUACAAGGUUUAUUUCACACAGAUCAACCUGACAGUUACACUGAUUAACCUGAUAAAUCAACAUGAAUUUCCUUCUUCCACUGUGAUCUCUGUGUCUGUAUGCCUGCUAGUGCUGCUUCUGUUUGGAGUCUCAGUUUCCUUUGUUUUUUUUUGGCACAAGAUGCAAGGAAAAUCACCUAUAGACAAAAGUUCUGUUCAUUGCUCAGGAAACAACCAAGAGAAUGAGGAAGUUAAAAAUACCAGAAGACUUUCCGCAUCAGAUGCUGCGAUUUUCACACUCUAUGCUUCUGCUCAAUUACCCACAAUCCCCUCUGAGCCUUCCCAAACCGUAUAUUCCAACACAAAGUUCCCCACAAGCUCCUGUAAUUCCAACGUUUACUCUAUUGCUGAACUACCCACAAUCCCUCCUGAUCAGGACGUCUACUCCACAGCUCAGUUACCCACAGAUCUCUCUGAUACCCCAGGCGGUGCUGCUCAGGAGUCAUCUGAGAAAUCUGCUGAAGAUCUGACUUACACAGCAGUGAGUUUAAACACUAACACCACCAGCUCCAAUGAUACAGUUCCAGAGAUUAUCUUUAAUAAGAAAGAGCAUUUGUGUGACUAUGACACACUCAGUCAUGUACAUUUUCACUAGAUUAUUAAUCAGGGCUUUGUAAUUGGGGCAGAUAUUCUACUCUGUAUUUAUAUACAUUUACAUUUACAGCAUUUAUCCAGAGCGACUUACAUAAGUGCUUAAAUCUCUAUCAUUGGAUACAUUAAUGCUGGCUCACUAGGUUACAUACUUAAGAUACCAUGAGCUUAAAACAUUGUUCAAGUUACAAAAGUGUUUUUUUUUGUUUUUUUUUAAAUAAAUGCAAAAGAUAGGGAAAGAAGUGCUAGUUGAAGUGUUUCCUGAAUAAGUAGGUCUUCAACCGCUGUUUGAAAAUAACCAGUGACUCAACUGUCCGGACCUCUAGGGGAAGUCCAUUCCACCACCGUGCUAGAACAGAGAAGAAUCUUGUAGUAUACCUGCCUCUUACCCUGAGAGAUGAUGGAACCAGUCGAGGGUGCGGGUGCAUACCUUUUCUUGUUCUUCUGUUCUACAUCCACACUACUGUAUAUGUGGAGCCAUGACUGCACUGUGAAUGGAAGGUUCCAGUAAAGAUAUGCAAAGUUAUGGUGGUGAUACAGAGUCACUAUUUGACUAAAAAGAAAGCUCCAAGCCCAUGGCCAAUUAGCCUUCCUUUCUUUUCCAUGCUUUAAAGCAAGACAGUACAAAUUCUGUAAAGCCUAGCACACUGCUUUGGUAGCAUUUGGUGUUGUUCUCUUUCAUAAUAGCACACUGUGGGUUAUUUUGCUGUGGUUAUAUUUUAUCACUUUGUAAUUGCAUCUAAUUGUAAUGAUUCAUAAAGAAGCACACAUGCAACUGAAUCAUUUAAAAUUUUGCUUUGUAAAAUGAUCAAUGUAGUAAUUAGGCACUGUUAAGUUCUGAGGUUUCUGCCAGGAGGCUACACAGUAAAAUAUCUCUGAUUCUGUAUUUCAAUAAAUUUCUUGUGUUUUUAAUUA